UGCUAUGUAAGCAAACACGUAGUUAAACUGUCAGAUGCUAAGCACCGUUGAAUGUGAAAAUCAUCUUGUCACCGCUACCAUAGUUUCUGUUUACUGCAUGUUUUUCACUACAAGGUUUGCUAGCUUUCUCUAACGACAAUCUUUGAAAGCAACCCUAUAUUAUUCACACAUGCAUCCUAGAAUAGAUCAUGGCGAUUUACCAGGAAUUCCUAACCUUACUUUUGGUCUUUUGGACAAGCAUGAACUGCAAAUUAUGGAUGUGUAGCACACAACAUGAAAUAAGUCAAAGUGCUGUUUUGGAUAUCAUCAUGGUGCUACUCUCUCUGUCCUGCAAAAAUUGGAUAUUGUCAUGGUGCUACUCUCUCUGUCCUGCAAAAAGUGGUGUACAAUUUGAAUAACUUUGUACAUUGAAGAGUGGCACAGCCAUUUCUGACGCAAUAAAAUUCCGUUGUUACCCCUGGUGGUGUAAUUCUGGGAAAAAGGAACAACACACAUGCACCCUGAGCCUAUGCCGUUCGCUUUGGCCUCUCUUGUGACCCCGUCACCAUGAAUGCUAGCUUGCAAAUGGCGUUUCUCCCACCUAGCCGCUCUCCCACCUCCAUCUCCACCCAUGGCGAGUCCUGGAUCUCUCUCCCCCGAUGGAAGGUCUCCUGCAUUGGGACUUUCUCGGGAGUCGGCUAGAAAGUAUUAACUCUGGUUAUACACUCAUUCCCAAGACACCUCUUCCGGAGUCGGCUAGAUUAUAGACCAGUCACUUUAUUGAACAGCUGUCUCAAGAUAUUGACUAAACUUUUAGCUAAUCGUCUGCAGCGGGUCAUUCUUGGUAUUAUCCAUCGUAAUUGGUAGGGAAUACACAGACUAUACAUUGAACAUAAUAUACUCUUAACAACCCCCCUCAAACUCAGGGUGGAUCGACAACACUGAGUUUGGAGAGAUAAAAAUCAUGCUGUGGUCUAGUCUGGGCCUUCAUAAAGAAAUCUGCCAACUGUAACUCAGAAGGCACAUACUAAAGAGCAAUAACCUGGUUCUGCACACCAGCGUGCACAAAAGAAGCAUCAACACCAACAUGCUUUGUGAGCUCAUGCUUCACAGGGUCUCGCACAAUACUGAUAUCACCUGUACUGUCGGAGAAGAGGGUGGUAGGUGUGGUAACAGACACACGGAACUAAAGUAACCACCGUAACCAAGUCACUUUUACCGUCAAAAGAGCCAUAGCUUGCAACUCAGCCUCUGCACUUGAAUGGAAACUGCAGUCUGUUUCUUCGCCUCCAGGCAAUGAGAGAACCACCAAGAAAACAAGUAAGCAGAAAGUGAACGGCGAUCCGAGGGAUCACUAGCCCACGUAGGAUCCAAAUAGGCCUGAAGCUGUAACGAACUGGAGCGCGGAAAGAAUGACGGUGAGAGAUCGUGCCAUGAAGACAUCGUAGAACAUGAAGAAGGUGACUAUAGUGAGCCGAAGUGGGAGCAGGAACAAACUGACUCAAACUAUGGACAGGAUAGAAGAUAUCCGGACGAGUGACAAUUAGAUAGACAAAACUCCCAACAAGGUGACAAUAACGUGUCGGAUCAGACAAGGGAUCACCAUCAGAAGCACGAAGGUGAACGAGCUCCAUGGGAGACUCAACAAUGCGCUCAUCAGUAAGAGCAGCAUGAGCAAGAAGAUCUUGGAUCGGACUGUUCGGGUUGAGGCCGGACGUAAAGUCAGAGAGCAACUUCGUCCGACUUAACGAUUUUUGUACUGAUGUCACGGUCCCGUCAUAUCGGACAUCCAGCCUAGAAGCUGGACUGUCCAGAGUCACGUCGGACGUUCGUGUUGGAGGCCGGACGUCCGGCUGCUGUAGCUUUGGCUGCAUUUCUUCCGUGUCUUCUCGCUCCUCUUCCACAAUGACUUGGCCUUCCUCCCUCGCUUCUUCAUGGUCAAUUCCUUGGUACUUGUGUAUGUAUAGAGUUCUGGUUUGAGGUAGUAGUCAUGUCUCAUGGAAUUAUGUAAUUUUAUCCUUUUAAUAUAUUUCAGUGGAAGCUUCUCACUUGUGCCAAGAGGUCCUGGGUUCGAACCAGCCUCUCUGCAUUGCACUUCGCAGGGGUAAGACUAAGGCUGGCCACAGUGGGGGUAACAUAACCGGUAUCAUGCACUUGGGACUAGCAAACAUGCUUAUGUGGCAGACAAUUAAAGAAGAGAGAGGAGGUUAGAGUAACAGAGAUACGCGACUACCGAAAACAUGCAUCCAAUCAAGUUCAUGCACCAUCUGCUGAGUUAGGACUACCUGCUGUGAAUAAAGUGCAGCUUCAGAUGACAUUUGAAAAUGUUGUCAGGGACAUUAUGCUGCUAUCUGAUGAUUCAUGGAGUUACAGAGAUUUCAUGGAGGCAGAGUCACGGAUUGUCAAAGCUCUACAACCAGCACUUUGCUUAGACCCUACACCAAAGUUGGACCGACUUUGUCAGGAUCCUGUUCCUCAUAAGUUAAACCUUGGUGUUGGAAGAAAGAGGCGGUUGAGGCAAAAUCCUAACGUUAUUGUCACAUCCAGUUACAUGUCUCAUGGUAAAAAGGUGUGCAUUGAUAGGGUGUCUGAAAGUACCAAAACGGACGAGAUGGGUAUUGCAAAUAACAAUGUUACUCACCAGGUCCUUGAUAACAUUACUUCGCAAAUUGUGUCAGGUGGCUCUCAACCACUUCGACCAAGUAGUUCACAGGAUGCAGCUAGAAUGUCAAUGGUGUCCCAUUCUGGUGUCCAGCAAAAUAUCAAUUAUUCUGCUGUUGGUAAUGAUCGUGGGGCAGGAGGUCCUGUCAGUUUUACUGGAGUCAAUUCAAGCACUUCAUCUCAGCACAUGAUGGCUUACAAUGACAAUGGCCUUCUAUCUGUGAAGAGGGAACUACAAGAAGCUCCACUGCAAGACCCUAAGAGAGUAAAACCAACAAUUAGCACUGAUGAUAUCCAGCAGCAGCAACAGCGGCAGCAGAUACGGCCUCAAUCAGCUGCCCUUGGUGGGCAGGACAUGCAAUGGAAGAAGGGGAUGCAGUAUGCUUCAUUGAAUGGCCAGAGAUACCCUUCUCCAAUGGUGAACAAUCUGCAAGAUUCAGGGGCUUCCUUUUAUUUCAGAGAGCAGGGUUUGAGAUAUGGUGCUAAGCAAGAGCAGAUGGAUGGCAUGGACAGAUGCAAAGACCCCUUGCAGGCUAUGCCCCCUGAAAAUACUGUGCUCGAUCAGCAGCAAUCCCAUGCUCAACACUUGUCACAACAAGCAGCAGCUAGAAACAAUCUACAGAACAUGGCACAGUGGCAGAAUCCUCGGGGUCCAAGUGAGAAAGACAUGAAGAAAGAAGAAAUGCUUCAGAGAAGAAAGUUAGCUGCUGCCUCUCGUGUCUCUUCUGCACCAAUGGUUCAGUCUCCAGUAUCCUCUAAAUCUGGAGAGAUAUCAAGCAGUUCAAUGGGUGGCCAGUUUGGUUCUGCUGCAACAUCUGCUGCAAUUGGAUCACAUAAAGAUAAUAAGUUUGCCACGAGUUCUAGUGCUGCCGUAGGAUACCCAUCUGUGGUUUCCAGUCCUAGUGAUUCUAUGCACCGGAUGCAGCAGCCUUCGGUUGCUCCUUCGAAAAGGAAAAAUUCUGCCCCCAAGACUCAACCACUUGUAAGCAGUGUAGGGUCCCCAGCCAGUGUUUCAAACAUGCUUCCUAUACCAAAUGCUAGCAGCCCUUCCGUUGGGACAUCAAUGGCUGACCAAUCAAUUCUUGAGAAAUUUAGAAAUAUUGAGGCUAUAUCGAAUCGGCAUCAGCUGCACAAUAAGAAGAACAAAGUUGAUAAGUUAUCUAAUAAUAGGAAGCCCAUGAUAAACGCAAGCCGAGAGAAAGUUGUUACACUUCUCUCCAGUUGCUUCCAUACUGAGGAUUACAAAGACGAGUUGAGGCCUCUUUGUAAUUCUAUGUUGAGUGGAACAAUAAAUUCCUUUAGGACCAGAAUACUGAACUUUGUUGUUGCCAACCGCUCAUACCAAGGUCCUACAAAGCCGUUCCGGAUCAUUUUCAAGGAUAAGCCUGAUGGGACAGUGGGAAUGCAAUAUGGAGACCCAGAAGAUUUCGACAAUCGGAACUCACAUGAGUGUACACUCAUAUUACCCAGCAAGUACCAUGCCGACUUGCUUGCAACACAACUUAUUGCUCGGAUGGAGAAAGAAGGCUAUGAUAAGGCAGAUGAUCAAGUUGUGCCCAGCAACCCUCCUGGUAACCUCAGUGGACUAUCAGGCAUGUUAGCAGACAAUACAGCCAAUGAAGUGAAACAAGAGGGAGGUAUAACCCAGCAACUUAAUGCUGCAGCCCAUGCAAAUAUGGUAUCUGGAAGCCCUUUGCAACAACUUUCUGCCAAUAGGAUGCUUCCAUCUGGGAGUAGCAACCAGGCAGUACCAAUGCAGCAAGAGUAUAUGCAGGGUGCAACCAUGUCUCCAAGGAGUCAACAACUCGACCAAAAUUUAAUCCAGCAGCAACAACAUCAGCAGCCACAGCUGCAGCAGAAUGCACAAUCACAGCUUCAGCAACAAACAUCUCUUCCUCUCAACCAGAUGCAGAGACCCCAACUGCUACCAGCAAGCCCAUUAUCUCAGAUGCUGGGGCCUGGCUCAAAUCUCCCAAUGGGCUCGAACCACACGAGUAACACCAAGGCUACUCCUGCUUCCUUGCAGCUUCAUGUGAUGCAGCAAGUACAGCAGCAACAGCCAGUGCAGAUGUCAAGAAAAGUGAUGAUGGGGCCUGGCUCAUCUGUGAACAUGGGCAACAUGGUUAACAAUGUAGUAGGCCUCAGCGGUCUUGGAAAUAUUAUGGGAAUGGGCAACGUGCGGUCAGUGUCCUCCCCGAUGGGAUCCAUGUCAGGCUUAGGGAACAGUCCCAAUCAGAUGAGCCUUGGAAUGGCAUCCAAUCUUGCCGCAGCUGGGCUUCGUCCAGGUAUGAACCCUGCAGCUAUUGCCAAGAUGCGUAUGGGAUUAGCUCAGCAACAAAGGGUGACCAGCCUUUACCCCCAGACUGGAAUGGUUGGAUUGCCUGGCAGUGGUUCACCAAUCCUUCCUAGUUCUGCCGGCUUGGCCAUGAUGGGCCAUCAUUCACUAAAUAGAAACAACCUUAAUCCCAUGCAGAGGGCCAUGAUGUCUCCAAUGGGCCCACCAAAGAUGCCAGUGGGUAAUUUUCAGAUGAAUGCCCAACAGCAGAUGCAACAGCUGCAGCAGCUCCAGCAACAGCAGCAGCAGCUCCAGCAACAGCAGCAACUGCAGCAGCAGCAGCAUCAGCAGCAACUGCAGCAGCAGCAGCAUCAGCAGCAGCAUCAGCAGCAGCAGCAGCAUCAGCAGCAUCAGCAUCAGCAGCAGCAACUACAGCAGCAGCAGCAGCAGCAGCAGCAGCAUCAGCAGCAGCAGCAGCAUCAGCAUCAGCAUCAACAGCAACAACAAAUGGGAUCUCCUUUGCAGCAGGCAGCACAAGUAGGUUCGCCUGCUGGUUCACAACAGUCAUUGGUGAUGCAGCAGCAGCAAAUAAGCCCGCAGCAAAUGGCUGCGAUGAGCCCGCAAUUGAGCUCAGGGGCUCUGCAACAAGUGAAUAACAAUGUAGUCAAUCCUGUGGGGACGCCAGGCCCUCCUCAAAGUCCACAGUUGAGCUCACACUCACAGACCCAAGGUUCAGUCAGCAGCAUUGCAAACUCUCCAAUGGAACAGCUGCAAAGUGCCAAUAUGGGAGGUCCUGGUAGCAUGUAGUAGUAACUGCAAAUAUUUGAUCCUGUCCGUGGGGAUACGCAAUAAUGGAAGAUAUAAGCAUUGACAAAGACGGCCACUGCUUUCUUGUUUGUUGUGGUAAUUGAGGUCAAAUUAGUUUUCCUGCAAGUUAUAAACGAUAGAUGCAGUUGUUCUGGAGGAACCCUUUUUUCCGCCGGGAUUUGUGAUGUAGAUUGUUGUAGCUGAUGGAAAUAGUGCAUGUAGGAAGGAGCUCAGUACUAGGAGAUACAUUGUUCAACCGAACUACAUUUUCUUGUUUAAAUUAGAGCUGUUAGAUACGUAUAUCUGCUACAUAGCCGAUUGUGCUUGUUUACCUUUUUUUUACCAGGAAACAGUUGUGCCUAUAAUAAGUAUGCCCAUUUCAUUGUGAAUAAAGUUGUCAUGUUUUUA